AUGUCUAGCAUUUCUGACCGUAUCAAAGAGCUCAGUAUCUUUCGGAGCUUCUUCUCACAAGAUGAAGUCACUAUGGUCAUUAACGGCCGGUCUCAGCUCAUCGUUGCUUCAUCCAAUGUGGUGAAGACCUCUCUUGUCACGGAUAAGCACAACUCUUACAAGGUAUUUCAGAGCUCAACUAAUGAGUUCAAUGUUGUGGAUGUCUCAUUCAAUGAGUCAGGGAACCUUCUCGCCUUAAUUGGUCUGCGUUCCGUAACAAUAUGCGAUACAAGAUCUCUUCCUCGCUUCGACGGUCAGUCAAGUCACUGGGAACCAUUUAACUUCCAAAUAGGUCCAUUUGAUUCUGAUAUCAAGUCUGUGUUGUGGCACCCGGUCAAUCGCCUGAGCUCUGAGCUUGUCAUUUUGACAGAGACAGAGAUCUUGCUUUAUGAUGCAGUCAUCUCUUUUUCAAGUCCAAUGCUAAUACUAAAGCUUAUGGAUUACGAACAGCUCAAAGGCCAGAAAGUGGAAAGCAUAUCCUUUGGUUCUAAAGAUAAUUUUGCUGGAUCUAUCACUCUUUACCUCACGACUUCUCAAGGUGAAGUGUUUGCCAUUUAUCCGUUUGUCUAUGAGGGCUCCAAAAUUACAGCCAAGAAGAGCCUGGUCGUACUGUUUAUUCGGGAGUCCAUCGAAGCCUUGGAUGCUGUACAGAAUUCUUUCCCUCCGGUGGCUUUGGUAAAUGAUGCACAUGUCUUGGCUUUGCGUCAACAUUGUUCCUUUGCACAAGAUUUGGAGUAUCAAUUGAGAAGUCCUUCUAACAGCGCUUUGGAGAGUGAUGACAUCAUUACCUUAACCCAUCGCGGUGAAGAUUUUGGCCAUGUUCUACAAGGCCCACUUGCUGUCAUUGGCCAAGUCCCUGAAAUCAUUCAAAUCCGAUCAGGUGAAGAUGUGGCUGUGAUGGCAGCUGUGCAUUCUGAAAAAUCAAAAGCUGUUUUCACUCACCUCGCGCAACUUCAGCCUUUGAUUAUGGGUUGGAAGAAUCCACAGCAACUUCUGAACCCUCCCGUCGAGCCUAUCAAAUCGGAGAAAAGAAAAGAGGAAAAAUACUCCAAGCCAAGAAGAGGUUUCGGGUAUAUUGUAGACUCCGGCUCUGAGAGUGAAGACGAAGAUGUGGAGUACCUGAAAAGCUUGGUAGAUUACAAAGAGGACAUGGAAAUCUACAAGAUCAAAACUGAACUUCUGACUUAUUUCAAGACCAAUUUCAACAAGCUUUCAGUCUUGGCUGUGGACGAAACUUCGAUGAAUCAUGACUUGUCUAGAAGGAUGUACUUCCGCAAUGUAGAUGGGGAGAAGUUGCUUUGUGGAAGAGAUGGACAAGUUCUUUUAGUGGAUGUUCUGGAUGCCAUCAAACUGAUCUUCACAGAUGACCGUCAGUACGAGCCAAAAUACAAAAUGACCCAUGCUUCUUCGAAAGCGAACUGUUUUGCUUACUUCAAUGAUACUUUGGAGGGUCUGGGAGAGUAUGCUAUUGCCUUUUCGCCUGGUUCCCCGGUUGAUAUGAUUUUGUUUGAGGCUCCGGCCGACAAGGUUUCAAGUGUUGUGCUAGAUCCUGAAUUACCUCUGAAGUUUUCAGAGGAAACUUUUGAAUCGGGAUUUCUCACGGCAGAAAUGUCUUCUAUUUUGGAGUCUGUUUCAACGAAGCCUAUCCACAAGGUUUCGAGCUUCAAUCCUGAAGAUACCGCAAGUAUGUCCCAGAUACUCGAAGUGACUGACACAGUGGCUGAAAGAACUUCUGAACUUUUGAAAUUCAUGCUAGCUUUACAACUCAAAGUUUGCACCCAACUUGAAGUUCUCCGUAUUCAGGUUGAUGAUUUGAACCAUAUUAAUGAGAGCAGCGAGUCGUCGGACGACUUCACCAAGAACAACACCAAGAUUGAAGAGCUCACUGAGCGCCAAGCAAAAUUGCUAGAGAAGGCAAAGAGAAUUAAAGGUUCUGUGUCUGAGCGUUUCGAGAAUAUGAAACUGUCACUUAACCUACCGCUUUCGGCUGCUGAGAAGGAUUGGUUCAGGGAAAUUAAUCAUCUUAAUAAGGUUGUUAACAUCGGAGACAAAGAUGACAAGUGUUUGAUUGAACUGAUUAAGAGUUUGAAAUUGGAAGUUCUGGAAUUUUCAAACAAUAUGAAGAAGGAAACUACAACGUCCAAUAAGCUUACAAAUACUAUCGAGCACUUUUCACUUUCUAACGAAUUGGUGAGAUUGAGACAAUUUUUGAUUUCUGAGUCCAAGCAAAUUGAGAGCAUUAAGAAACAAGCAGAGAUGUGCAAUUUAAAAUAG